AUGGGUGAUGAGUCACUACCAUUUUUUCUGGACCAAGGAACCACUAAAACAUUUCAAAUACCCAUUGGUCACCUGGACUACAAGUUCAUUGAAAAAUGCACAGAUGUUAAACACCUGGAAAAGAUUCUCAGGAUAUUAAGGUCUGGUGAGGAGGGAUGUUAUCCUGAACUUACAUUGUUUUGUGAAAAGCGUAUUGAGCACUUAGAUCCAAGGAGCAGGGCUCUGAGAAAAGAUAAGCCUGCAGCCACAGCUUCUGAUUUCACAGCUGAAGAAUGGGAAACAAUUAAUGGUGAACUGAUGAGCUGGGUAACAGAAAUGAAUGAAGAUGAUAAGAAACCACAAUUCCUGAGAACAGAUAUACUACAUGAAAGACAAGAUGAUUUGCCUCCUAUUCGUUGUUCCGGUUAUUUUCCUGCUAAUCAGAUAAUUGUAAAUCUGCAACUCUACAAACAAUUACACUGCAGCUCAGUAAAUGCUGGAUUGCAAGAAAGAAACAAGAAAAACAUACCACGGGAUUACAGUGAAUGGGACAAGUUCGAUGUGGAAAAGGAGUGUUCUAAAAUUGAUGAAGGCUGCGAAGAAAGUAACUCAAAAGCAAGAUUAUUUAGCAGGCCAAGUCUACCUAUAAUCAAAAAGAAAAUAGACACAACUGGCAUGACAAAGAAAGAGAAGAUUUUUAUUGCUACUCGUGAAAAAGAAAAGGGCAAUGAAGCCUUUGCCAGUGGUGAUUACGUGGAAGCAGUGACAUAUUACACUCGAAGUAUAUCAGUAAUACCCACUGCAGCUGCAUAUAAUAACAAAGCUCAAGCAGAAAUCAAACUGCAGGACUGGGACAGUGCUUUGCAGGACUGUGAGAAGGUACUAGAUAUGGAACCUGGCAACAUAAAAGCUCUGAUGCGUCGUGCCACUGUACACCGUCAGCUGCAGAAUUACCAGGCAGCUAUAGAGGAUCUGAACAGAGUAUUACGUGUUGAACCAGAAAACGCUAUAGCUAAGAAAAAUCUGCUAGAGAUUGAAAAGAAACUGAAAGGUUUAAAACCUGUAUCUAAGACUCAAGGCAAAGGAAAAAGAAUACUUAUUCAAGACAUAGAGAAUUCAGAAAGUGAUGAAGGAAGAGGGGAAAAUACAGAACGUGAAAGAAGCAGUGAAAAUAAAAGAAUCGGCGUGCCAGUCAGAGGAGAGGCGGCUGCGGGAGAGGCUGCAAUGGGCAAUACGCAGAGAAAGUUUCAUAGCAAAGGAGGUGGCAGUAAGGCGGAGGACAGAGAGACACAGAAGCACAAGGAAUCCACUGAGAGCGGAUUAAAAAAAGGCAUAUCAGAGAAAAAUACUCAAAAGCAGUUGUCAGAGUGUGAAGGUGAAGUUAAUGGCUAUUUACACAGUGAUCAAAAAAGUGAAAACCCUGAAGCUGAGGAGGUCUCCGGAUCACUUGAAGCAGGGUCUCAGUCGGCUGGUGGCAAUUCCACUUCACUUCCUCCUGCUGCAGCAAAACUAAAAAGUGAAGGAAACGAGUUAUUUAAGGGUGGACAGUUUGGAGAAGCUGUGUUCAAAUACUCGGAAGCAAUUGAAUAUGUCACUGGUCUAGGAGAACAAAGUCCAGAUGAUUUAAGUAUCUUGUACUCAAACAGAGCAGCAUGUUACCUCAAAGAAGGGAACUGCAGUGACUGCAUUCAGGAUUGUAACAGAGCUCUGGAGCUUCAGCCAUUUUCCCUUAAGCCUCUUCUGCGACGGGCGAUGGCAAAUGAGUGUAUGGAACGAUAUCGACAGGCAUACAUUGAUUAUAAAACAGUCCUACAAAUAGACAGCAGCAUCCAAGCAGCAAAUGAUAGUGCUAAUAGGUAA